UAUUACAUUCUUUGUUUACUGUUUGUUUUGUUUAACUAUUAUUAUUUUGUUCCUGUUGCUUCUCUAUUUCGUUCACAUCUAAGAUAGGAUAUAUUAAGGUAGAUGGUUGUGUAGCAGUGGAAACAACAUCAAAUGCAUUAAGGUUAUGCAAUUCCACGUUGUCAAUACUUUCAUGUGUAAACUGCUUGAAAUUGAUAUGUUGCAACAAUCCGGCAUCUUCAAUGCCAAGAGAAUUCCUUAAGGCAAUGUCAAUGCCAACAGUAAGACGUUGGAGGCCUCCUUGUUCGAUUAGUGAAUUUGAGAUGGUUAUUCCUGGAAGUGAAAUUCCAGAGUGGUUCCAACAUCAGGGUGAGACUUCUUCAAUUAAAAUAGAAAAGCCUCUAGAUUCUUGUGAUAACAAGAUGGUGGGAUAUGCUGUCUGCUGUGUUUUUGAGGUCUAUGAGCAUCAACCUACCCUUAGUGAAGGUUCUUACAUGAGCACACAUGGGAUUUACUGCACAGUGACCAAUAUCCUUCGAGGUGGAGAACGUAGGAUUUGUUUUGAAGAGAAUUCGGGCAAGGCUGUGUCAGACCAUCUUUGGCUGUUCUAUUUUUCGGCUAAAGAAGUCUAUCAAGAUUUUGUUGAGCUUUCAUUUGCAGCAGGUGGUCCAGGAUCAAAGGUGAAGAAGCGUGGGAUACAUCCAAUAGAUGAGAAAGAAUUAAAAGAGUUGAAGCCAAGGGCUAAGAAAUCCAGUAGCUCUAGUUUUUGGAAUUCAUAUGAGUUGGAUGAAGAUUUUCUCGAAGAUGAGAUAUAUUUUUCAGCUGAUGAUGAACUAUCGUAAUAAUUUUUUCUUAUGGGUUGUUGUGAGCUUUCUGUUUUUCACAUUGGGCUUUGCUAUAACAUAAGCUAUAAUGUAUACUGGAUUAUUUGCCAUGGAGAGACGUGGGAGUCCUUAU